AUGAAGAAACGUCUAAUUCAAGUACUUGGCUUCUUAUCUUCAUCGCUGGGAUGGGCAUUUGUGCUGAUCACCAUGGCCAUGGACUAUUGGAGGAUCGUACAAAUAGGAGGACAAGGAGGCUCCUUCAUCAUCAAAGUGGCUUGGUACUGGUCCAACCUGUGGAAGGAUUGUUUCACCGACUCCACGGCUGUUACCAACUGUAGAGACUUCCCUGUGCUCUGGAGUGUCACCGCUUAUGUCCAGGGAGUGCGAGGACUGUUGAUGUGCGGGUUAACUCUUGGAUUCUUUGCUGUCGUGCUCUGCUUUGUUGGGAUGGAGUGCACCUAUAUUGGUGGAGCUGAAAAAACCAAGGACAAACUGGUUUUUGCCGGCACAGUGUUUCACAUUGCUGGCAGUAUCUCAGAUCUUGCUGCCUACUGCUUAUACAUCAACAGGAUUGCCAGAACAUCCUUUGCUCCCACUCUUGGGCCGGGAGUGUUACGGUAUGACCUAGGACCUCCCAUAUUUCUUGGACUGGUGGGAUGUUUUUUAAUCCUGUUAGGGGCUGCGUUUUACGCUGUGACAGUCUACCGAGUAAUCUGCCCUGAAAGUAACGUGGUAUAUGCCUAUGGAGGACGCACAUACAUGGAUCCUCGCUCCAGAGGAAGAACCCUGUACACCGGAUACUACAAACCCUACGGAUCAUAUUUGGGCUCUGGAUCAUACGGCAGCUCCAAGUUAUCAAAGCUCUCUCAGACAACACCCACAAAAAUCUCAGAAAGAGAUGCAUUUGUGUAGUAGCUCAAAGCUCUCUUGUCAUAUGUGUAUAGUUUUAUUUUUGGCACAACAAGACAAAGUAGGUCCAAUUCUAAAUUUAAUAAAAAAUCAGCAUACCAUAUUCAGUACUGUGCAAAAGUCUUAGACAGGCGUGAAACAAUGCCUAGAAGAACUGAAGAUAAAGGGUGGCCACUCCAAAUAUUAUUCUGUUCCCUCACUUUGCACUUUGUUAAUUGAUAAAAACAAAUAAACUAUUAAGAUUUCUAUUUUUGAGAGCAUUUUUAUUCACAGCAUUUUUUGCAAACCUGCCUAAACUUACUGUGCACAGUACUGUAUAUUCUGUAAAUAGGAUGAAGAAUGAUGUGUUCGUGCUCUUACUCUGGUCACACACACUGUAUAAAAUACAUUGUCUUGUGUUUA